CGCCCUUCCAAGCGACAGCGUGUGCGUUUGUAGCUGCGAACAGCUGACACGAGAUUAGUCAAGUUACAGUGUUUCUAUCAAGAUAUCAUUUCUUAGGUGUCUCUAGGUAUGGAUAUGGAGAGUGCCAGCUCGGUGGUCCUACAGGCCCUGACCCAGGCCACCAGUCAGGAUACCGCUCUACUGAAGCCUGCUGAGGAGCAGCUACGACAGUGGGAGACACAACCUGGCUUCUACUCUGUACUGCUGAAUAUCUUCAACAACCACAUGUUGGAUGUUAACGUCCGAUGGCUUGCCGUGCUCUACUUCAAAAAUGGCAUCGACAGGUACUGGAGGAGAGUCGCACCAAAUGCUCUGUCAGAAGAGGAGAAGACGUCGCUGCGAGCUGGCCUGAUCACCAACUUCAACGAGCCCGUCAACCAGAUAGCCACCCAGAUAGCAGUGCUGAUAGCCAAGGUGGCCCGUUUGGACUGUCCCCGCCAGUGGCCAGAGCUGAUACCCAUCCUGCUCGAGUCAGUGAAGGGUCAGGACGGGCUGCAGCAGCACAGGGCUCUACUCACCUUCUACCACGUCACCAAGACCCUGGCCUCCAAGCGCCUGGCCCAGGACAGACGAUUGUUUCAAGACCUGGCAUCGGGCAUCUACAGCUUUGCCUGCUCCCUGUGGAGCCACCACACAGACUGCUUCCUCCAGCAGGUCCUAGCCGUGGAUCAGGCCCAUGCCCUCAGCUCACUGGAGAGGACUCUACUGUCACUUAAAGUACUUCGGAAGCUGACGGUCCAUGGAUUCCAGGAGCCACAACAGAAUAUGGAAGUGAUGGGCUUCCUCAAUGCAGUUUUUGAGAGACUGAAACAGUUCCUAGAAUGCAGUCGGCAGGUAGGCCCAGACAGCCCAUGUCGAGAGAAGCUUGAGAAGACUAUCAUACUGUACACUAAAGUUUUAUUAGAUUUCCUGGAGGUCCACCCGUGUGCGUUCAUCCCACUGAUCCAGCGCUCUCUGGAAUUUGCUGUCAGCUACGUGUUCACGCCGGCCGGUGAGGGCCUCGUCUUCGAGCGCUUUACCGUCCAGUGCAUGAACCUCAUCAAAACCAUCGUCAAGAACGAGGCCUACAAACCCUGCAAGAACAUCGAGGACAGUAAGCCGGAGAGUCUGGAGGCCCACAAGAUCAAGACGGCGUUCUUCACACACCCCACCCUCACGGAGAUCGGACGGCGUCUGGUCUCCCACUACUUUCUGCUGACCGAGGAAGAGCUGUCCAUGUGGGAGGAGGACCCCGAGGGCUUCGCUGUUGAAGAAACAGGGGGUGACUCCUGGAAAUACAGUCUACGGCCUUGUACAGAAGUGUUGUUCUUGGACAUAUUCCACAACUACAGUCAGACUCUGACACCAGUGCUGCUGGAGAUGGUGCUGAAUCUACAAGGACCAAGCAAUGUGGAUGAUCCUGUUCAGCUGCUGAUGAAGGAUGCAGUGUACAAUGCAGUGGGGCUGGCGGCGUACGAGCUGUUUGACAACAUUGACUUUGACCAGUGGUUCAACAAUCAGCUUCUGGGCGAGCUACACGUGAGCCACCACAGGUACAAGCUGAUUCGUCGGCGGGUGAUCUGGCUCAUAGGUCAGUGGAUUUCAGUGAAGUUUAAAUCCGAACUACGGCCGCUGCUCUACGAGGUCAUCCUUAACCUCAUGCAGGACCCAGACCUAGUGGUGCGGAUCGAGACGGCCACAACUCUGAAACUCACUGUCGACGACUUUGAGUUCCGGACAGAACAGUUCUUACCGUAUCUGGAGUCUAUUUUCAGCCUGCUAUUCCAGCUGUUGCAGCAGGUGACAGAGUGUGACACUAAGAUGCAGGUCCUCCAUGUGAUCUCAUGUGUCAUUGAGAGGGUCAACAUCCAGAUCCGGCCAUAUGUAGGCUGUCUGGUCCAGUACCUGCCACUGCUUUGGAAACAAUCAGAAGAACACAACAUGCUGCGUUGUGCCAUACUCACCACACUGGUUCACCUUGUACAGGGCCUGGGGGCGGAGAGUAAGAACCUGUAUCUCUUCCUGCUUCCUGUGAUCCAGCUGAGUACAGAUGUCUCGCAACCACCGCAUGUCUACCUGCUAGAGGACGGACUGGAGCUGUGGUUGGUGACAUUAGAGAAUAGUCCGGCAAUCACCCCAGAGCUGCUGAGAAUCUUCCAGAACAUGUCAGCUCUCCUGGAGAUGAGCUCAGAGAACCUGAGGACAUGCUUCCAGAUAGUCAACGCCUACAUCUACCUGUCAGCUACUGACUUCCUACAGAACUAUGCUGAGGGCCUGUGCAGAUCCUUCUGUAAUCUACUCAAAGAUAUCACCAACGAAGGACAAGUCCAAGUUCUGAAGGUGGUAGAAGUAGCUCUGAAGGUUAGCCCCGUGUUAGGAGCCCACAUGUUCCAGCCCCUGCUGCCUUCUGUCUUCAGAGGGAUCGUGGAUGGAGAGCGGUACCCGGUGGUGAUGUCCACCUACCUGGGCAUCAUGGGAAGAGUCCUGCUGCAGAACGCUAGUUUCUUCUCCUCUCUCCUCACACAGAUGGCCAGCGAGUACAACCAGGAGAUUGGCCAGUUGUUAGGUUGUGUGAUAGAGAUGUGGGUUGACCGCAUGGACAACAUCACACAGCCGGAGAGGAGGAAGCUGUCGUCUCUGGCUCUGCUCUCCCUCUUACCAUCAGACAACAGUGUGGUCCAGGAGAAGUUCUGUGGCAUCAUCAACAUCUGUGUGGAGGCGCUGCAUGACGUGAUGACGGAAGACUCCGACACAGGAACCCUCAAAGACUGUAUGUUGAUGAGCCAUUUCGAGGAACCCAAGCUGACUGACGAUGAGGAGCCUCCCACAGAACAGGACAAGAGGAAGAAACUGUUGGCCCUGGAGGAUCCGGUGCACAGUGUCUCCUUACAGCAGUAUGUGUAUGAGAAGCUGAAGGCCCAGCAGGCUCUGAUGGGGGACCAGGGCUUUGGGGCUCUGAUGGAGACGGUGGACACAGAGAUCGUCAGGCAGCUCCAGGAGUUCCUACAGGGCCUCUGAGAAAGAUGGAGAGAGAGGAGAGCCUCUACCUAUCUCUACAGCACAGGAGAGAAAAGACCUCAACCUCUGCCCCCUACUAACCAUCUCGGCUGUACCUUAUCCGUAGCCUACCUUUCCUCUCCUCGACCCCCUAUUGGGCACAGAAGAGAGAGAGGACUGCAACAUGUACCUCUACUACCCAUGUCUACUUUUACCCAUAAUUCACUUGUCCUUUACCCACAACCCCCCUCUACCAAACCCUACCCUAACUACAAUCUACCUAGAACCUUCCUUUACCCACAAACCACUUAGUUUUUUAAACACACACAUAGAAACAUGAAUAGAGCUUCCAUUCUAACAGUUAUUCUGCUUCUCUAGUUUUAGCAUGGGGUAAAUACUUGGGAGGAUGUUAAGAGACGGGGGAUUGAGGGAAUAUAACAAUACGAAGCAAAUACAACCUUCUAAAAAGGCAGAAGCCUUGGACUUUUUUUUUUUUUUUUUUUUUGACUGGGAAAGCGUGUGUGGCGUGAUGGGAAUAUGGCUUCACUGACCGAAAGACACAAACAGUGUUUACAGAUCUAUUCUUAAAGGCGAAUAGCGAGCAAAAGUGUACUUUGUAUGUAUGUGUGUGUGUAUGUAAAGUAUGGAUGACUCUGCAUGAAGAUAUUUAACUUUUUAGUUUAGCUAGUUUAUUUCUCUUCAUGGUUCCUUUGUUCUGUAUUGUUUCUCACACCCUGAGAUCAUCAAGUUGACGGGACUAUUGAGAGAUGCAGACACUGUUUUUUGGGGCGUGUAUAUUUUCAUAUCAUCGGACUAUGAAUUCAAUUAAUCGACUGCGAGAUUAAAGCGAUUUUUAACAAGUGAUUUGUAAACGUGUCGAACCACAUUUCUAUAUGAAUGCUGCUGCUAUUUUACGGUGUGUCACGAGUUAUGUCAAAGCACACUUUUUUCCCCUCCUUUUGUUUGGUUUUCUUCCUGAAAUGUCAUGGUUCUUCAUGUCUCGUGGUUGUGGCAAGGCGGUAGAAGAACUCGGGACAUUGAAGCAGGACGGAAGUUAUUCUUAGGCACAAAUCUAGGAUCAGCUAACCCCACUCUAAUCCUACCUACCCGUUAGGGGUGGAAAAGCAAAACUGACCUCUGAUCAGCAUCUUGGGGCAACUUGAUCCUACUCCCUGUUGUGUAUGAAAUGGCAUAUAAUCAUAUUGAGGACAUACAUAACUGAAACGUGAUUUGAGGGAUGUUUUGUACAGAGACAGUUUUUCCCAUUGAUGACAGUGGACUAGAGAAUCGGUUACACUUCAUUUAAUGGUACAGAAAUGUCCAGGUUUUGACAUAAACAUUGUAAUUCUACAAUAAGCUAGGAAUUACUUUUCUUUGAUAUUCAUUCAAACAAGCACCACUACCACUUGGUGCCAGCCAGAUGCAAAUUGUGUUGAAUUAUUUGAAAUAAGUACCAGAAAGUAGCCAUUAUUACCACAUAAUAAUCCUAGUAAAUACAGUGGAAACUGGACUGGAAAAUAAAGUGUUAUCCAAUUCUCUUCCCCUAGUUCCAUAGACACUGUGAUUGAGUUCUGUAGCAGUCAAGCAAAAGAAAGGCCUUAUGCUUUCAGCCUUAACUCAAAUAUCCCUUCUCAUUCUUUCCAAUAUUGCUUCUUUUUUUUUAAAUAUAUAUAUAUAUCAGCUGAUUCCUGUACUGGUAUUAGAAUGAUGGGAGCAAUGGUGACAUUGAACACACCAGCAGUAGAAAAUAUAUCUUUAGCUUGUUUUCAAUCAACAAAUUCAAAUAGAAAGACCUUGUUCCUUUUUUUUUCAACCGCUUCAAUAAAAUGCAGUACAUGGCUGAAAUGUCUACGUACUUAUUUUUCGAUUAA